GGCACCAAGGGGAGAAAAAGAGGUUGGGGAGGAGGAGGAGGAGGAGAAAAGUUUUAUAGAAACUCACAGUGAGAACAAAAAGCGAGAAGCGCACUCACAAGGAUAGACUGAGAAAGACACUAGAAAUAUUCCUCACCAUUCAACAGACAUGACAUCACUACGUAGGAACCCAACUGUGCUUCUCCUCUUUCUGAGUGCCUGGCCUCUCCUUCCCUCCUGCCUUAUCACAGACGCUGCAUCUACUUCGCCUCCCAUCACUCGUCCACGAUUUAGAUUAAUUACCGGUUUAGAUCUCGAUUAUGGUGGGGAUUAUGGUGAAGAUGAUGAGUCUGGCAGCAAAAACCCUCCAGAAGUGCAUGCCACUACUAGGAGGAAGUUUCUCCAACGGGAAAUCUGCAAUUUUAACCCUUGUUUGGAGAAUCAGGUGCCCUGUGCCAAGCUGUUGGCAGAGACUGGUUGCCUCUGCCCUGGAAUUAGUGGAGCUGACCAGUCUCCUCAUGCACCACGCUUACACGCACUGAUGCCAAUCAACAAGGGGGAAAACAGGGGCAAAGUUGAGGUCAAAUGGUGUGCUCCAACCUCUGUGGUGACUAAGUACAGAGUAGUGGUGGAAGGACAAGACGAAAAAACAAUUGAAUUUGGGGAAGCUUUUCGACAAGGUUUGGUCGGGUCUUUGGAAAUUGGAACCAAGGUGUGUGUGGAGGCAGUUAAUAAAGCAGGACACAGCACACCCACAGAGUUUUCCUGCUUGCGAUAUGACCCUCCCUCGUCAUCAGGCUAUGAGGUGUUAGGAGGUAUUAUUGGAGGAGGGAUUCUCCUUUUACUCCUGAUCUUUGCUGUGAUCCUCUGGAGGUGUCAAAAGAACCGAAAUGCAAAGAGAGACUCAACCGAUGGACUCGGAAACCCAUCAUACAGUAAAGAAGAGACGUUGUAAACUAGAAGACACUUAAGGGCAGGCACUUAAUAGUUUUUUUUUUUAAAACAAUGGAAAACAGUCCAAAAGUGGAUUAUUUACCAUACUAGGAAAUAUGUAAAUAUAGAGAUUAUUGGUGUGGGUUCUUAUUUUGUUUUUAAAUACCAUGUUACAUUUCAGGGCUAGAACUACCUAUUUUUCCUGGCAAUUUACUUUUAUAGUUUUCUAGAGCAGUGUUUGUUAAUAUUUUGUAAUAAUGACUGAAAUAUGGGAGUAAAAUAAUUCUGCCAGGAUUAUGAGUAAUUUACAUUUUGUUUUAUGGAGUUAAAUCAUCAGAGCAACCCAAAACUUAUUUCCUUGUGAGAAAUACAAUAUAAUUUGUAAUAGUAAUGACUAUGUAUUACCAUGAAGGAUAAUUCCCUUUGUAGAAAAAAAAAAAAAAAAAAUUCUACACCACUUUGGGUUGUGUGAUGUCAGGUGAUGUGUUUCGGUUUUAAUGUAUUAAAAGAAAGAAAACAUUUUUCCUCUUGACCACAAAUUUUUAAAACCUAGAAGUAUUUGUUCAUUGGACAAAGAAAAUUAGGGAAAAUUUCAAACAAUUUCAACUUGUCUUUUCGUGGUCCACUUUCUAAAUCUGGAAUAUUUAGAUAUUCGAACUCAAAGAUGACCAAAUGAAACUAUGAACAUACCAUGUGUAUUUAAU